AUGAGCGGGUCGAACCCCAAGGCUGCGGCCGCGGGGUCGGCGGCUGGGUCCGGGGGGCUUGUGACCGGCAAGGAAGAGAAGAAGAAAACUGGGGGCGGCGUCCUGAACCGACUCAAGGCGCGGCGGCAGGCGCCCCACCACGCGGCAGAGGACAGCAUCGGGGCGGCGGUCACGGAGCAGGAGCUGUUGGCUCUCGACACCAUCCGGCCCGAGCACGUCCUUCGCCUCAGCCGGGUCACCGAGAAUUAUUUAUGUAAACCCGAAGAUAACAUCUACAGUAUUGAUUUCACUCGUUUCAAAAUUCGAGACUUGGAGACAGGGACAGUGCUCUUUGAGAUCGCCAAACCCUGUGUUUCAGACCAAGAGGAGGAGGAGGACGACGAAGGUGGAGACGUGGAUAUCAGCGCAGGACGUUUUGUCCGCUAUCAGUUCACACCAGCCUUUCUCCGCCUCCGGACAGUCGGGGCGACAGUGGAGUUCACAGUGGGAGACAAACCUGUGUCAAACUUCCGGAUGAUCGAGCGGCACUAUUUCCGGGAACACUUGCUGAAAAACUUUGACUUCGAUUUCGGCUUCUGCAUCCCCAGCAGUAGGAACACUUGUGAACAUAUCUAUGAGUUUCCCCAGCUUUCGGAGGAUGUCAUUCGUCUGAUGAUUGAAAACCCCUAUGAGACCCGCUCUGACAGCUUCUACUUUGUCGACAACAAGCUGAUAAUGCACAACAAGGCCGACUAUGCCUAUAACGGAGGCCAGUGACCGCUGCAGGAGCAGACUGGGGAGGUGCUUUGCUGUGGCCCAAGGUCCUGGCACACGGAGGUGGUUGAACCUGCUGUUCCUCAACACACGUCUGGAGCCUGGUCCCAGGAAGCCAGGGCUGGGGUGGUAGUUUCCUGCGCUCAAGAGAGGUGCCAAGCAGUGCUGUGUUUUCUUCCCCAGUAUUUUUUCUUCCCUUUUCCCUGCCCCGUAGGUCACAGAGGUACUAGAGUAAAGAAUUAGGGUCAUUCUCCUGGAGUCCAGAGAAGAAAGCAAGUUUGUUUUCCUGUUGUCCUAGCCCCUGCUGGUUGUGCUGGUGAGCCUGGGUCUCUGUGGUGUAGCUGCGUCGUCGGGGUGAGGAGGCUCUGGCCGCCUCCCGGCUCAGCGGCUUCUCUGUAGGAUCCUGGGCUUGGCGAGAAGCUGAAACCAGGCCUCUUCCAGGCGCUUCCUCCUCUCACAGUGCUGCUGUGAGCAUAGUCUGACCUCAGCUUGUGUGUAGUUCUACAGCAACUGGAAAGAAAAGGGGUGGUGGAGGGGCACCAAGAGUGGGGGUUCCGGGGGCCGCUAGGGCUGCCAAACUGAAAGGUCUGUGUCGUGGCGAGGCCUGCUUCUCUGUCGGACUUCCAGGAUCCUCUACCAGCCCUCCUGGGGACACGCCGAGGUUUCAGCCUGGCCGUGCCUUCCUCUUGCCCAUCUUGGAGGACAGAUGAGUUUGCUCUGCUUGUCCUGGCUCUAACUUCUGAAUAUCUCCUGAAAUAGACCGUCGGUUUUGUGCUCUUAGAACAGUAGGAUCUCUUGAGGCUGCAGCAGGCCUUGUAUUUUGUGUUUUGGUUUUUCCCCAGUCGUCUUUUGGGGAGGUUUUAUAAGAGGACCAUGGUGUUCCCAGCAUAUGUGAUGUGUGGUUAGACCGUCUGAGAGGUCUAACGGGCUAAUCUGGGGCUCCUGGGGCUAAUCUGGCUCAUGCUGGGGCCCGGGAUAGUUACAGACCAGCAGCUGCUUAAAGGAGGGAUUUGAUUUUCCCUACACAGGAGAGCCUGCAGGAUUGGCUUUCGAUGCGGAUUUGCCUCUGAAACUCUGUAGAUUUCUUAUUUAGGAGGAUUUUCCUGUCUGCCAUUCUCCUAAAGUAAUUUCUGGGACCAUCCUGACAGGUCAGACCUCAGUAACGCAUAUUCCGAUCCUUCCUACUGCUAGCUGGGAAUGCUUUCGGGUGUUUGGAAAGGGUGGAUGAAGUAGCCCGAGGUGGCUCUCAGAAGGAGUUCUCAGAAAACCUUCCUCGCACUUCCUCGUGGGCUGCUUUUGUCCUCAUACCCUUCCUGGAUGGCCUCUUACCGCCUCCGAGCCUCCCCGUUGUCUGACUGGGGGGCUGACCCUCUGAUAAGAUUGUUGCUGUGGCCGGGGCUUCGCAUCGAAAGGAGGGGCCCGCAUGUGUGGUCCUAGUCCCUGUGAAGCAUCAGAGUAGCCGAAGGGGAGCAGUCUCCCAAGGUGCUGGGGACAAAGGCCACACGGGGCCCAGGAUAGAAGGGCUGGCGCUUGGCCGCAGAAGCCUCCCGUGCAUUCACUAACCAGUGUUGCUCCCUCUUUGGAUUCUAGAGUAUGAGUGGCCUUGAACCUGGGCCCAGUGCUGUGUCCCAGCCAGAGUCUGGGCUGUGCCAGGUGCUGGCGGCUCUCUCGCUGGGAAAACCCUUCCCCCUGUGUGCUGGCACUGGAUCCAGCCACUGAGGGAGGGAAGGGACCAGGCACCCUGCGCACGCGUUCCUCAUCGCCAGACCAGGUGACUCUCAGAACUGGAGUCAACUACAAAUCCAGGUGCCUUACUGUGGCUCUGCCUUGCGUGCUGCUGGGAAGAGCUGCAUUGUCCUCCCUCCCUCCCCGUCUGUGGAUGGACAUCAGUAUUGCCUCCUUCCCUGGGUCUCCCUUUGGCUCCUCUAGCCGAUUUGUCUCUGCUUACUGAGCUUCAGAGUCACCCCCUCUCUGUGGGACAGUAGCCUCAUUGGGAGAUUUGCUACUCUUGACAUUUAAUUAUCUAGGAUGUGGUUUCUGGAGUUGUCCAGAACUCCGCUCAAUAGCGUGUGUCUUGGAAAUGUGUCCCCAGGGCAGACCACGGUCUUGUGGACUAGUGGGCCAUCUCUUACAUGCAGUGUUCGCCGUUGCUACGGGGAGGGCAGGGGAGGCAGGCAUUCUGGCUUGAGCAGUGCUCUGUCCUCUUCCCCAUUAGCUUGCCUUGGUCUCCCUGGAAACUGUCUUGAGGCCGUGUGCUCCCUCUCCGCCCAGGAGGACGGUGAUAUGCCCUUGGGUCCAGGAGGUCUGUCUGGUGUUCUGUACCUGGUAGUCUGGGUUCAAGAAAUCUCGAGACGCAUCACUGCUCUGGGGUGUUAACCAGGGUGAGUUUGGAAUUCAAGCUUUUGGACCUGACCUGGGGAGAGACUUGGAAGUCCUCCUUUCUCUGAAAGUAGCUGAAGCAGCCAGAAGUUGGAUCGGGAGGCCAUGUUAGUAAGGAAUUGGGCGUGUUGAGAGUAGUUGUCUGGGGGUGCUACAGGGGGAAGGGGAAAAGUGACCUGCACGGGAGACUGUGCCUCCUGUUCAGAGCUGGCACCUGAGUGGCAGCUCCUGGAGGGCAGGUCCUGGAGGGACACGUUCCAGCAGCCUGGCAGGCCCUCCCAGUGCCACGGGGCCGGGUGCCUGUACCUCUUCUUCUGCCGUCCUGCUCCUGUCCCUCUGCCUUGGAAUCUCCAGGAAGAGCAUCUCUCUUUUCCUGUGGAGCCUUUGGGCUGUGAUGCCCUUCUUGCUUCUCCAAAGAAGAUCCCUGUUGAUUUCAUUUUGUCCUAAAGAGCAGACAGAAGAAAUAAUCAGUAAAAGUAGUUGUGGGCCAAAGUAGGCCGUCCUGUCCUUAUGUGUUAGCUCAGCGGUACCUUGAGAGAAAGCAGCAGUCGGGGGCCUGCAGAACUCCAGGAAGACACCUCCAGCCUUCGGGCCAUCUGGUUCUCCAGCAGGGCCAGUGAUUGAGGGAAGGUGGGGCUAACCGUAGACUGGUGAUUCUUGAAAUGGCAGUGACGGGAAAUCGUCAACUUUUCCAGUUGAAGUGGAAUUGGUUUCUGGGCUGGAUUUAACAGGCUGUGUGUAACAGACAAGUUGGGGGAGUCUUGCCUUAGUGUGUCCUGCCAUCCCCAGGAGGCUGCCAGGGUAUUCUUUUUUUUCUCUGUCAAGUCACUUUGUUUUGGUGGCUCUUGUCACCAUGAUGGCAGUGAGGUCUGGGGACUGGAGACAGUCUGUCCCCAGAACCACAGCACGGAUUCCUUGCCGGGGCCUGAGCAUUCUGGAUGCAGAGGCUGCUGUGGUCCCUGCUGCGAGCGCCUGCUCGUCUCGGCUCAUCGUUUCUUCACAUUCCAUGUUACAGAACAUCUGCGCCCCAAGAAGGGUCUGGUGGAGGCGGAUUUAACCCCUUGUUUUACAAAGGAUCAUGUAAAGUCAUUGAAGUUGUAAAAGUCUAUUUUUUUCCCCUGUAAAUCUAUUUUUCACAGAAUAUAAGAAACGUCAAUGACUGGAUCUGUCCUCCCUCCUCUUUCCCCUUCACCUAAGAUCUUCAUUCCAGUUUGUAUUGUCUUUGUGUCCAGAGUAAACUAGGUGACUUAUUUGUACAAAAUGUUAUUUUGCCACAAGAGACAGUAAUAAAAGAUUU